AAUAAAACUUUAGCACUCUAUUAUAGAAUAAUAAUAACUCAUAAUUCAUUGAAUCAAUGAAGACAAAACCUUCUUCCACCAAACCGGCGGAGCAACGGCGGAGCAACCGCCACCGUUAUACAAAAUUCCACAUCUUCACCACCGUCUGUUUAACAGCAAUAAUAUUCACCUACAUGUUCAACAGAAACACUUUCAUUUCAAACAUAUCAUUCAACUUCAACCCAAACACCACCAUCCCAAUCCCCUCAAAUCUUUUCAACAACCAAACAUUCAUCAUAAACCAAUUAAAAUCCACUUCCACCAUCCAAAACCCAGUCUUGAUCGUCAAAGAACUCAUCAUCCAACAAUCCAAGAAUGUUCCAAAACCCGAAUUCGAUAUACUAAACUCGAAUCAAGAAUUCGAAACCCGGGCUCAAGAUUUCUUCAAAGAUUGUAAACUUAGAUUCUUCAUGACAUGGAUUUCAUCAACUUUCAAAUUCUUUGGAGAAAGAGAGUUUCUUGCUGUGGAUGCUCUUUUUAAAUCCAACCCGGAUAGCUGUUUGAUGAUAUUAUCAAACACUAUGGACUCAGAUUACGGGUUUCAAAUCCUGAAACCCGUAACUGACCUUGGGUUCCAGGUCCUAGCCCUGGAACCUGACUUUAACUUUUUGUUUGAUAACACCCCCGCGAAAGCAUGGUUUGACCAUAUUAAGAAUGGUAACCGUGAUCCGGGGGAGAUCCCAUUAGCACAAAACUUGUCGAAUUUGAUUCGACUCGUUGUUCUUUACAAAUAUGGUGGUGUGUAUAUAGAUACCGACUUCAUUGCUAUGAAAGAUUUCAGCGGUUUACGCAACUCGAUUGGAGCUCAAAGUGUGUCUACAUUGGGCAACUGGACAAGGUUAAACAAUGCUGUUUUGAUAUUUGAUAAAAACCAUCCUUUGUUAUACAAUUUUAUUGAAGAAUUUGCGUUGACUUUUGAUGGAAACCGGUGGGGAUACAAUGGGCCUUAUCUUGUUUCAAGAGUAGUUGAAAGGGGAGCAGGGAAAAUGGAUAAAAACUUCAGUGUUUUGCCUCCUGCAGUGUUUUAUCCGGUGGACUGGACUCGAAUUGGCGGGUUGUUCAGGCGGCCGGUUAACCGGGGUCACAUGAGGUGGGUUGAGGCCAAGGUGGUGCAACUGAAAGAGUCCAGUUAUGGAGUUCAUCUUUGGAAUAAACAGAGUAGGAGGUUGAGAAUUGAAGAAGAUAGUAUUAUGGCAAGAUUAGUUUCUGAAUAUUGUGUAGUUUGUAAAAGUUUUAAGAAAAGUCAAAGACUUUCUGAAACUGAAUUUUUGAUGGAGUGAUUUUUUUUUUGAAAGAAUCAUGAGAUGUAAAUAACAUGAUUCAUAAGUUUUGUUGUAGGUUAAAGAGAGUAUACUUGUAAAAUUCUGUAUAAUGAUUGAAGAAAUCUAUGAUGUGUUGCAAGAUAUGUACUUGUAUUACGAAAUGAAAAGAAAAAACAAAAGUUUGUUA